GCCAAGCAGCAGCCGCAGCCAGAGCCCCCUCCGGUCUCCUCCUCCCGUGAGGAGACGUGCCACUUCCUCAAUGCGAUCUUCCUCUUCCUCUUCAGGGAGCUCAGGGACACAGCCCUGGUCAGGAACUGGGUCAUCAAAAAGAUCAAGGUGGAGUUUGAGGAGCUGCUCCAGGCCAAGAUGACGGGGAAGAUGCUGGAGGGGCUCAGCCUCAGGGAGGUCUCCCUCGGCGAUGUCCUGCCUAUCUUCAAAGCUGUCAAGCUCAUUCGGCCGGUUAUCUGCAACGAAGAGGGCUGCCCUGAGGAGUUGGGCUUUGAGGUAGACCUGGAGUACAAUGGUGGCUUCCACUUGGCCAUCGAUGCUGACCUGGUCUUUGGCAAGUCGGCCUACCUCUUUGUCAAGAUCUCCCGGGUGAUGGGGAAGCUGAAGCUGGUCUUCACACGCCUGCCCUUCACGCACUGGUCCUUCUCUUUCAUGGAUGACCCUGUGAUACACUUUGAAGUCAAGUCGCAGUUUGAAGGGAGGCCCAUGCCUCAGCUCACGUCCAUCAUUGUGAACCAGUUCAAAAAAGUUAUUAAGCGCAAGCACACCUUACCCAACUACAAAAUCAGGUUCAAGCCAUUUUUUCCAUGUCAAGUAUUGCCAGCUGAUGAAUAUGAAGAUCGAGACUUGUGUGUGCAGGAUCUUCUAUUGAGAGAAGGUCGACUAAAAGUCAUGUUAAUUGAAUGUACAAGGUUACUUAUAUUUGGAUCCUAUGACAGAGAAACAAAUGUUCAUUGCACAAUGGAGCUGAGCAGUAAUGUUUGGGAAGAGAAAUCAAGAAGUUCUAUUAAAACGGCAGAACUGGUGAAAGGGAACCUGCAAAGCGUUGGGCUCACGCUCCGCCUUGUGCAGUCCAAGGAGGAUGAUGCUGGGCACGUUGUUAUUGAAACAGUGACUCCAAACUCGCCUGCUGCUGCUGCUGAUCUACAGAGAGGAGACAGACUUCUAGCAAUUGGCAGUGUUAAAAUCACAUCAACUGUCCAAGUGUUGAAGCUUAUUAGACAGGCUGGGGACAGAGUUUUAGUCUUUUAUGAAAGGCCUGUUGGGUAUAAUCAGCAUGGUUCAGCACUGCAGGAUGGAUUUGGACAAUUGGAAGACGCUGCUUUCUUGACACAGCCAGAAGAUGACCAAGCUAGUUUAUCAGCUGAUGUUGAUGGCAGAGAUUUUGAUUCAGAAUUUGAGGAAUUAGCUUGUGAAUCACCUGACCAAAAAGAAGAUCUGCCAACAACUCUAAGUCCCAAACGUUCAGUAGUAACACUUGCUGCUAAACCACUUGGUACUAUAUCUCCAAUUCUGAAUCGAAAACUACAUUUAGGAAACUAUCAGGCAACGUCAAAAAUGCAAGUAAAAGAUGGAGCAAAAAUAGCAACACCUAAAACUGUUGAGGGUUCAGAUCCAUCACAGCAAUCAGGUAAACAAUCACAAGGAUCUGGUACUAAGCCUCCUGUGCCACCUAGACCACAAAGUAAGCUUAUUUUGCCUACUAGUGAAACUCAAAACGUGUUAGAAACUGGGGGUGUAUCUUCUGAAAAACCUGAGAGGCCACCUCCACCUGCAAUUAACGGAGAUAAAUGUACAGAGAAGGUAGUAAAGAAUAACAGUGAUCAAACAGAAGACCCAACGACAUCAAAGCUAAUAACAGCACCAAAACAAGAUACUUUAAAAGAUGGAUUUUCAGAAAAUGUGCGUAGUAACAAAGACAGUGGAGGUGACCAUCAACCAUGGGAAUCGCCAGAAAUUCCUUAUAAGAUCCGUCAAGGCCGAUGGCCAAGGACAAGGACAUCCUCCUGUCUGUUUGAAGUAGAAGGAUACCAUAAGUACCUUAAUGUUGCACUGUGGUGCAGAGACCCUUUCAAAGCAGGUGGUUUUAUCUGCUUAGGAUAUGCAAGUAUAAAACUUGAAGACAUUGCUUUAGAAUGUAUAGCUACAUCCUCAAUGGAAUAUAGUCAAACAUAUAAACUGGAUGCUCCUGCACCUAAAGCAGCAGUCACUAGAACAGCAUUGCGGAAUUUGACAACCCAUAAAGGAUUCAAUGAAAAGUUUUGUUAUGGUGAUGUGACUUUACACUUCAAGUAUUUAGAGGAAGGUGAAACGGAUGAUUCAGUUGUUCUCCUAGAGAAGGAAAGGGAAUGUCACUUGGAAGAAGAAACUCAUGCACUUCAGAAAGAGGACCCUUAUUUAGGACAAAUUGUUGUUACAGAGAAUAAGCAUAACUUUCAGGAUACUCAGUUUCAGAAUCCAACUUGGUGUGAUUACUGCAAAAAGAAAGUAUGGACUAAAGCAGCUUCACAGUGCAUGCUCUGUGCUUAUGUUUGCCAUAAAAAAUGUCAAGAAAAAUGUCUAACUGAGAUGCCCUUUUGCGUAGGAGCUGAAAAGCGACUCGAUCGAACUGUUGUGGGGGGUUGCAGAGCUGAAGGACAGGAAGCUCCCCAACCUGCAUCCUCCCGUGUUGAUUCGGAAUCCAAAUCUGUUAACAGAACUACAGGUUUGACCAGGCAUAUCAUCAAUACUAGUACCCGUUUGUUAAACCUGCGUCAAGUCCCCAAAGCCCGCAUUUCUGAGCAAGGAACAGAGGUGGUAGAACCUUCGCCAAAGCACACACCAAACACUUCCGAUAAUGAAAGUAGCGAUACUGAAAUCAGCGGGCCGAGCAGUCCUUCAAAACGUGCAUCGGGUACUGGGAUAAAGUUGGUCCGGAAGGAGGGCGGUCUAGACGACAGCGUCUUCAUUGCGGUUAAAGAAAUUGGGCGUGAUCUCUACAGAAGUUUACCCACAGAGGAGCGGUUUCAGAAAUUAGAAUUUAUGUUGGAUAAGCUGCAGAAUGAAAUAGACCAGGAGCUGGAAAAUAAUAAUUCACUCGUUAAAGAAGAAAAAGAGACAACUGAUGCAAGGAGAAAAGCAUUUAUUUCUGCUGCGCUGGCUAAGUCGGGUGAAAGACUGCAGGCCCUUACGCUGCUGAUGAUCCACUACAGGGCAGGCAUUGAGGAUAUAGAGUCUUUGGAGAACAUGUCCUUAGAGCGGCAGUCCAAAAGAGUGACUAAAGAUUCAGAGGAAUCCAAUAUAGCAGAAGAAAUGGAUAACGAAGACGUCAGUCUGACGGAGGCUACAACAUUCAAUGUCAUAUCGGAAGAACCAGUUGAUCCACCUCAAUCAGUAGACUGA